AUGAGUAUUAACGCACACCCAAAAAUUAAUAAACAUCCUGGAGAAAGGGAGGGCGGGGUCCUAGUUAGAAUUGACUGCCCCGAUGGUGUAGUGCCUAACAUGUACGGCUGCACAUCCGGAGGUCCUGAGUUGGAGCCCCAGGUCGGGCCUUGUUUAGAUAUUGAGCCUUUCUAUCACGAAAAUCCCAAUAACUGCUCGAAGUUGAGAAGUCAGCGGAUUUCAACCCCAUACCUCGGAGAGCACUUAAAGCCGUCGGUCCUGUGCCUGAUUUCGCACCGGUCGUAUUUAAUUAUCGUCCCAUCGGAGUUUAACAGUAAUAGAGACUCAGAAAGUGCACGUUGUGUCUACGCGAACACU